AUGACGAGUCUCAAAAGACCGCAGGGUACCGACUCGUAUUCUCCGAAUCUCUCAAGCAAGACAUAUGUGAGAUCUACCAAGAGCGGCAAGGUCCAAAAGAUUGUGCGCGAAGUCUAUCUUCGUGAAGAUAUUCCUUGUUCAUCCAAGCUAUGUUCAAAAUGUCUUGCCAAAGCACCAAGAAACGCGGGCGGAGAGUUGAGCCCGUUUAUCCUCUCAGACAAGCCAGCAGGUACCAAGGCUUACCCGCAAGGACAUUACCUUGUACCAGACACAAAUGCUCUGCUUAAUGCCAUGGAUCUAUUCGAACAGAGCUCUGCAUUUUAUGACGUUGUUAUUUUACAGACCGUCCUAGAGGAGCUACGGAACAGAUCUUUACCGCUAUAUAAUCGGCUGAUUGGCCUGACCAAAAGCGAAGAUAAGCGUUUCUAUGUCUUCUUCAACGAGUUCAGAUUCGAGACCUACGUACCUCGAGAACGGGACGAAACCAUCAACGACAGGAAUGACAGGGCUGUACGGCAAGCUGUCAAGUGGUACAAUGACCACCUAAACCAGAGCAAGAGCAAGCAGUUACCGGUGACGGUUAUGCUUACAGACGAUAGAUUAAAUAUCGAAAAGGCAAAAAAGGAGAAUGUUCCGGCCACUACAUUACGUGACUACGUAUCAGGACUCGAGGACGCAGAUCGACUACUCGAUAUGAUUCCCGAAUCGCAAGAGAAGGGCAUCUCCAGAGAUAAGAAUACCUCUGAAUUCCUAUAUCCCGAAUAUUAUACCCUCUCAAAGAUGAUGACAGGAGUCAAGAGUGGCAUCCUCCAUCAGGGUAUCUUUAAUGUAUCGCCCUACAAUUACCUUGAAGCCUCGAUCAAGGUCCCCGCGUUUCCGAAAGCACUCAUUGUUCUCGGACGUGAAAACAUCAACCGUGCAGUAGACGGAGAUGUUGUGGUCGUGGAAGUUCUUCCCCAAGACCAGUGGAAGGUGCCUUCUACCAAGAUUAUCGAGGAAGAGACUAUCACGAAGAACGAAAGUGCCGAUAAUGAAGAAGGUGGUGAUAUAGUCACCGAACAGGAGAGGCGAGCUCUACAAGAGCAAGUCAAAAAGACACAAGGUUUAAGCACAGAAGGUCGACCUCAGCCUACUGCGAAAGUGGUCGGUAUAGUCAAGCGAAACUGGCGUCAAUAUGCAGAAAGCAAGAAAAGUGUUUUCUUAAUCCCGAUGGAUAAGAAAGUACCAAAGAUCCGCUUACGUACAAGGCAAGCUGGCGAGAUUGUCGGAAAGCGAAUACUCGUUGCAAUCGAUUCGUGGGAUCGCGAAUCUAGACACCCCGUCGGUCACUUUAUCAGGUCUCUGGGUGAAUUGGAGAGCAAGGCCGCGGAGACUGAGGCGCUACUGCUCGAGUACGAUGUCCAAUACAGACCUUUCCCAAAGACGGUGCUAGAUUGUCUCCCUAAGGAGGGACACGAUUGGAUAGUACCACCUAGCACUGACGAUCCUGGCUGGAAAGAUCGAGAGGACCUUCGAGGCCUUCUUAUCUGUAGUAUCGAUCCUGUUGGUUGUCAGGAUAUCGAUGACGCGUUACACGCAAGACCAAUACCAAAUGGAAACUUCGAAGUCGGUGUUCAUAUUGCAGAUGUUUCACACUUCGUGAAGCCGAGCAACGCUAUGGACACCGAGGCAAGCAUCCGAGGAACGACCGUCUAUUUAGUAGACAAGCGUAUCGAUAUGUUGCCGAUGUUGCUAGGUACCGACCUUUGCUCCUUGAAACCGUACGUAGAGCGUUACGCGUUUUCGGUGCUAUGGGAAGUCAAUCAAGACGCUGAUAUCAUCAACGUGAGAUUCACCAAGUCUGUUAUCAAGUCUCGUGAAGCAUUCAGUUACGAGCAGGCACAACUACGCAUCGACGAUGCAUCUCAACAGGAUGACCUAACCCAGGGUAUGAGAACGCUAUUAAUGCUAUCGAAGAAGCUAAAACAGAAGCGAAUGGACGCCGGAGCUCUGAGCCUCUCAUCGCCCGAAGUCAAGGUCGAGAUGGAAUCAGAAACCUCAGAUCCGAUUGACGUGAAGACUAAGGCGCUUCUGGAUACCAACUCCCUUGUAGAAGAGUUCAUGUUACUCGCCAACAUCAGCGUUGCGGGUAAAAUCUAUGAGGCCUUCCCACAAACAGCCAUCCUACGACGCCACGCCGCACCACCUAAGACUAACUUUGACGAGCUAGCCAACCAGCUCAAGGUGAAGCGCGGAAUCGAGUUACACUUCGACUCGUCAAAAGCGCUGGCCGAUUCUCUAGACCAAUGCGUAGACGCGCGAGAUCCGUUUUUCAACACGCUGGUGCGUAUCAUGGCGACGCGGUGCAUGAUGAGCGCCGAAUACUUCUGCGCAGGUACCCAAGCAUUCCCCGAGUUCCGACAUUACGGUCUCGCGUCCGAGAUCUACACACAUUUCACGAGUCCAAUCCGACGAUAUGCCGACCUCGUCGCCCAUCGCCAGCUCGCAGCCGCCAUCGAGUACGAGCCAAUGCACCCGUCGGUGCGCUCGCGCGGGCGCCUCGAAGCCGUGUGCAAGAACAUCAACGUGCGGCACCGCAACGCGCAGCUCGCGGGCCGCGCCAGCGUAGCGUACUACGUCGGACAAUCGCUACGGGGCCGGGUCGCGGAGGAAGAAGGGUUCGUGAUGAAGAUAUUCAGCAACGGGUUCGUGGUGCUGGUGCCGAGGUUUGGUAUCGAGGGCCUGAUUCGACUACGGGAUCUGGCGGAGCCGGAGCCGGAGAGCGUGUUCGAUGCGGAUACAUAUACGCUGAAGACUAGUGGGAGUCGGGAGGUUAGUGUUGAGCUGUUUAUGAAGGUGGUGGUGCGUAUACAGGAUGUUAAGGAUGAGGCGACGGGCAAGAGGGGUGCGAAGAUGGAGCUUGUUAGGGCUGGUUAG